AUGACAUCUCUGCUGAACAGACUCUCUCUGUGUCUCUGUAUCCUCCAGAUGUUUGUUACAGUGAUACAGGGAGACUCGGAGGAUCUCGCUCCACUGGAAACUCAAGUGGAAUCCCUACUCACCAUGGCAGAGGAGGAGACCACCUUGCCAUGUAACUACCAGCCAGACAAAGAUAAUGUGGUGGUGCAGGUCACCUGGUAUAAGGAGACUGAUCAGAUCAUCACUGCACACCAUACUAAUGGACAAACUGCGUUUGGGGCAUGGUCUCGACGUGUGCGCUUCAAAAGCAGCGACCCCACCAAAGAUGCGUCUCUGGUCAUCAUGAACACAGAGCUCACUGAUGAGGGGAAAUACACCUGCCACAUCAGCACCUUCCCCUCUGGCAACUUUGACAGAGAAAUGUCACUCACUGUGUGGACUUCUCCUAUCUCCUCCCUGGAUCCUCUAAUUCUGAUCGAGGGACAGUCCUACCGGCUGGCUGCCUCCUGCCGCUCUGUAGCCCGCCCGCCUCCCCGCCUCUCCUGGGACACUGAUCUGAAUGGCCAAUCCACCAACCGCUCCACUGACAACGGGGCGGUCUCCUCACACUUCUCCCUGCAUCCUCUGAGGAGCAUGAACGGGAAGAAGCUGGACUGUCUGGUGUGGCAUCCCACUUUAUCGGCCCCCCGCAGAAUCAGAAACAACCUGGUGGUGCACUUUCCUCCUCACGCAGAGGUGUCUGGCUACAGUAAAGACUGGCAUGUGGGCCUAGAGAACGCUGCCCUGAGGUGUGUGAGUGGAGGAAACCCCAAACCACAGAGUUUCACCUGGAUCAGAAUGGGUGGAAACUUACCAGAAGGUGUGAUCCCUCACCCUAAUGGAACAUUAGUUUUUGGGCGACCCCUAAGCCUGUCAGACGCAGGCACCUAUCAAUGUGAGGCGAAGAAUGAAGUGGGAACAGGAAAGGCAGAUGUGGAGAUUAACGUAUCGGGGAAUGAAAACAUGCUGAUGAUCAUCGUCGGCGCAGUGGCGGGCGGGCUGCUGAUCUUGAUGCUCAUCAUCAUCAUCAGUGUCACUUGCUAUCACAAACGCAAGAACCAGAAACUGAAGCAGGAGCUGACUGAGAGGAAGGAGGAAAUAACCACUCUCUCCAGGCAAGCUUCUUUCAGGAGAGUGAAUUCUGUCAGCACGGACGCCAGAGGAGUGCCAGAAGAAUACAUCCCUCUGAGGGUGGAAGGAACCCUGAGGACCAGCCUGUCGUCCCUUGGGGAACAGGCUCACUGCCGUGACAGCCGAUCUACUCUCUCAGGUGGGAGGGGAGGAGGAGGAGGGGGAGCAUAUGACUAUCUGGGCAGGCCAGUCCUGUACAACAACUCACGCAGGGGGAGAGAGAGGAUUCUGGAUAGAGAUGAAGAGAACCGGCUCAGAGUGGAAACAUAUGUGAGAAAUAGCGCCAUGUCUUUGCAAGAAACUCGUCUCCACCCUCCUCUCAUGCCAUCACCCUUCCCGGUGGUACAGUCCACUGAGAUUGUUAGGCAGAUAAACGGCAGUGCCAUUAUCCCGUCAGACAGUGGUUCACGGCCGGGAAGUGUUGUAAAGAAUCAUCAGCACCCUACUGCUAGCUGCACCUACCCACCAGUAACAGAUGAUGAGGAUGAAGUGGAUGAGGGUUUGGGGGGUCCUGCCAGUCAGGAGCAUCCUGAUGACCAAGGCAGCGAGACCAACAGCUCCCACAUCUCUGAGGCGCACAGCUUACGCUAUCAACAGACUAAUGGCACGCUGAGAGCCAAACCCCGGUCAAGCCCCUCUGAACUGAGUGCUCAUGCCUCUAUUAUUCACAAGGCCCAGAUAGUUUAG